GGCAGCACGUCCUACGAGCUCAUCAUCGACCACAAUGGCCUCCAUCUUCGCCGUCCGUGCUAGAGCAGCAGCCGCCUCCACAAAGUCGCUAUGGAAAGCGCGCGCCCUCUCCUCGACCGCCCGCGUUUUCUCAGGCGAGCCGCCCCGCCCUCCCCCUCCCAUCGACGACUCGACCUCCGCGCUCGACUACAAGACCUCGCAUAGAAUACGCCCCCCGCCAUUACCCGCCAUGGACCUCCCCCGCUCGCGCACCGCUGAGGAGGCGGUCACCAACAUCCUGUACAACACCCCGCCCCCCAGCCUCCAGCCGUUCAAGAAGCAUGUGCUCAACUGCCUCGUGCAGAAUGAGCCCGGUGUCCUCUCGCGCGUGUCCGGGAUCCUCGCCGGCCGCGGGUUCAACAUCGACUCGCUCGUCGUCUGCCGCACCGAGAUCCGCGACCUCAGCAGGAUGUCCAUCGUUAUCAGCGGCCAGGACGGCGUCGUAGAGCAGGCGCGCAGGCAGCUCGAGGACCUGGUCCCCGUGUGGGCCGUGCUCGACUACACCGAGACGCGCACGAUCACGCGCGAGCUCAUGCUCGUGAAAGUCUCCAUCCUCGGGCCCGAAUACCUCGAGGACCAGCUCCUUGGCGGGCCCUCGCACGAGCCCCGACGCGGCGCGUCCUCCGCGGCGCACGACGAGCACACCAAGCUCGAGCGCGAGAUGCUCCUCGCGCGCAACUUCGAGCACAGCGGGCACGCGGACCAACAAUCCGCGCCGGCGCCGACGCCGACGCCGCAGCCGCUCACGCCGAGCGAGGCCCUGCGCAUGCGCCACCAGCACCUGCAGUCCAUAUCGACGCUCGCGAGCCAGUUCGGCGCGCGCAUCGUCGACGUGAGCGAGAACAGCGUGAUCGUCGAGAUGAGCGGCAAGACGAGCAGGGUCGAGGCCUUCCUCAGCCUUGUCAAGCCGUUCGGGAUCAUCGAGUCCGCGCGCACCGGCGUGAUGGCGAUGCCCCGCACACCCAUCACACGGUCCCUGGAGGACGACGAGGCGACGGAGGCCUCCGGUCCCAUCGAUGCCAGCCUCCUUCCCCCUGGCUGAGCAGUGCGCCGGCCCCCACACGAGCAAAAUUACCUUACUCUUGUAUCUAUCCGGUUCCGUUCGUCGAAUGCUCUACCCUUGGGAUGCUUGGUUUUUGAACGCC